AGAGUUAAAUAAGUAUUCCUCUCUGCGCCUGUGCUUUCGUCUUUGUCGUGUAAACCUUCUUUUUCCCUUCUUUUUUCGAAAAGCGAUAAUACAACGGGCAAGCAAAACGAAUCAAAAGAGUUUCCUUUUAUUUUCUUUCUUCUUUCACUUGCCACCGUUGUUUCGCCGCUUUCCGUUCCACAUUUGAUCGUCCUGGACGCCUUUUUCUUGUUUUUCCUCAAUGCCGGCUCAAAACACCAUUAAGCAGAUUCUCUCUCUUAUUUCUACGGUCUCUUCACUCCUUUCGCUCCCGCGCGCGAAGGAAACAGCAGAAGAAUACUUGUAACGGAGGGCAUUUGAGCCACGAGCGGUAUUCAAAAACAUUCAGCUCUUUUCUGUUUUUUUCUUUUGCAUUCUGAUUGUAAGAUACCCUUUUUUCUUGCUUUUUUGUUUUCGCUUUUCCUCAAAUUGUCAACACGUUUCAAGAUUGGUUCAUUGAGGUACUACGUAUUCUUUUGGUUUUUUAUUUAUAUAUAUAUUGUUAUUUAAAGCUCCUUUUUUUGUUCUUUUUAUUUCUCUCUCUCUUGCACUUUUUUUUUCCAGAACGAAAAAGAUCUCAGAUUGCUCGUUCAGACGGCGGCUUUCUUACACUACGCACGAGUUUAACUCCACAAACGUAGCAGAGUAAGAAAGCAUUCGCUCUCGCCUACACAGAAGGGAUUCCUCUCUCCCUCUCAUCAAAAAGAAUAAUUGUCAUAAUAAUAAUAUUCGAGAAGAAAAGCUUCUGCACGCUUUGUUUAUUUUCCAGUUUCACACACAUGCAAAGGAAUCUAUUUUUAUACUUGAAAUGUCGAUUCAAAACCUCCCACCUCAGCGUAUCCCGUACGACGGCGAUUUUUUUAUGACCGCCACCGCCCCUUUCCCCGUGAGGGACACCAAGCAGCAGCAUCGGCUCUCGCACUUCUGCGGAGGCGAAAUGGCCUUGACGAACCCGAAUGUGAUGGCGCACUGCUGGCGCGAAGAGGCGUAUCAGAAGCGACUCUCCGCGGCGUGCCAGAAGUUGCGGUCCCGCUUGGUGUCGGCGACCUCGCUGCGGUUGAUGCCGCACCUCGUAAAAGACCCGAACACGUCGCGCGAGUUGCGGUUUGGGGUCGGAAAAACCGCCGGAGCUGCAGCAGCGGAAGAGGUGGAGGUGGAGGCGGAGGCGGAUGAGAAAGAAACGGACCCGGUGAUCUCCGCGUACAUGUCGGAGGCGUGUGUGUCGGAGCGCAGCCGCUACGUGGCCGACCUCACCGCACGCAUCCAGGAGCGGGCGGGCCGGCGCGGCCGCCGCUCUCGCAGCGCGCGCCACGUCGCGGGGUCGCGCUCGCCGGGGUCCGGGACGACGGUGUCGGGGUGCGACUACACGGCCAUUGCACGCACCUUUCAGUACGGCUGGCGACCGUCGUCUCCUGCGUGA